UAAUGAUAGUGUUAGAGACCAGCUUUUAGUAACCAUACAGAAGACAUUCAACUACAACCGGAAUCAGGCACAGCAGAUUUAUCUCAUGGUGAUGGAGUGCAUGAAGAAAAGAGAGCUGAUCACAGUUUUCCGCACGGCCUCAGAGGGUCAGCAGGAUAUUGAGAUGGCCAUCUUAACCGCUCUGCUGAAAGGCACAAAUGCCUCAGCUCCAGACCAGUUGAGUUUAGCUUUGGCCUGGAACCGUGUGGAUAUUGCUCGCAGUCAAAUCUUCGUCCAAGGACAACACUGGCCUCCUGCUGGUUCCCUGCCCACCUCAUCCACGAGCCAGCAGGAUAAACCAAAGAGCCCUAUAACUGCCCGUCCCAGCAAGGGUAAACCUGCCAGGGCCAAGAAGGGCAAAGGUGCCAAAUCCAAACCUGAGCCUCCAGAGGAGACCGAUCCUAGAAAACUAGAGCUGCUUAACUGGGUUAAUUCUCUGGAGCAGGCCAUGAUGGAUGCACUCGUGCUUGACAGAGUGGAUUUUGUGAAGCUCCUUAUUGAAAAUGGCGUCAACAUCCACCGUUUCCUGACAAUCCCGCGACUGGAAGAGCUCUAUAACACAAAAUUGGGGCCAACCAACACAUUGCAUUUUGUGGUCAGAGAUGUUAAAAAGGGAAACUUACCGCCAGAUUACCAGAUCACUCUGAUUGACAUUGGGCUGGUUCUGGAGUACCUCAUGGGAGGAGCGUAUCGCUGUCACUAUACUAGGAAAAGUUUCCGCACACUCUAUAAUAACCUCUAUGGACUGAAAAGACCCAAAGCUUUGAAACUCCUGGGUAUGGAGGACGAUGACCCAAGACCGAAAGGCAAAAAGAAGAUGAAGAAGAAGAAAGAGGAAGAAAUCGAUAUUGACGUUGAUGACCCAGAGGUCAGUCGAUUCCAGUACCCCUUCCAUGAGCUGAUGGUGUGGGCUGUUCUCAUGAAGCGCCAGAAGAUGGCGCUGUUUCUCUGGCAGAGGGGAGAAGAAGCCAUGGCCAAAGCUCUGGUGGCGUGUAAACUCUAUAAAGCGAUGGCGCACGAAUCCUCGCGGAGCGAACUAGUGGACGACAUCUCGCAGGAUCUGGACAAUAAUUCCAAGGAAUUUGGUCAGUUAGCGUAUGAGCUGCUAGAUCAGUCAUACAAGCAUGAUGAACAGGUGGCCAUGAAGCUUUUGACAUAUGAGCUGAAGAACUGGAGUAACUCCACCUGUCUGAAACUGGCUGUAGCUGCCAAACACAGAGACUUUAUAGCCCACACCUGCAGCCAGAUGCUGCUCACCGACAUGUGGAUGGGCUGCCUGCGGGUGGGCAAGAGCAAUGGACUCAAGGUCAUCCUCGGAAUCAUCUUUCCUCCAACCAUUCUUCUCCUAGACUUCCGAACUGGAGAUGACCUGUCUUACCAAAACUCCAAAGACAACGAAGAGCUCAAAGACAAAGAGGAUGAUAACAAAUCUGGCAAGGAUGGCACCAUGAGCAUGGACGGAGUGUCUAAGAAAGGUGAUGAGGAAGAUAGUAAAAAGAAACAGAAACGUGUGCCUGUUGGGAAGAAGAUAUACAAUUUCUAUAAUGCACCAUUUACCAAGUUCUGGUUCAAUACGACUGCCUACCUGGUGUACCUGAUGCUGUAUAAUUACAUUAUCUUGGUGAAAAUGGAGAGAUGGCCAUCACUGCAGGAAUGGAUCGUCAUCUCCUACAUCAUCACUCUUGGACUAGAGAAAGUUAGACAGAUCCUGAUGUCAGAGCCAGGAAAGCUGAAACAGAAGAUAAACGUGUGGCUUGAGGAGUACUGGAACAUCACUGACCUGGCUGCCAUCACCAUGUUCCUCAUGGGACUGUUACUGCGACUGCAGAAUGAGCCUUACAUGGGCUACGGACGCGUCAUCUACUGUGUAGACAUCAUCUUCUGGUACAUUCGUGUCCUCGACAUUUUUGGAGUUAACAAGUAUUUGGGACCAUAUGUCAUGAUGAUUGGUAAAAUGAUGAUUGACAUGCUGUACUUUGUGGUGAUCAUGCUGGUGGUUCUCAUGAGUUUCGGCGUGGCUCGCCAGGCCAUCCUGCACCCAGACGAGGAGCCGACGUGGCGUCUGGCGAGGAAUAUCUUCUACAUGCCCUACUGGAUGAUCUACGGAGAAGUGUUUGCUGACUCGAUAGACCGUAAGACUAGAAUUCAUAUCUAUGCGAUGGAGAUUAAUCCACCCUGUGGUGAAAACAUGUAUGAUGAAGAUGGGAAGAAGCUCCCUCCAUGUAUACCUGGGGCCUGGCUCACACCUGCCAUCAUGGCCUGUUACUUACUGGUAGCCAACAUCCUACUGGUUAACCUGCUCAUUGCUGUAUUCAAUAACACGUUCUUUGAAGUGAAAUCCAUCUCCAACCAAGUAUGGAAGUUCCAGCGCUACCAGCUCAUCAUGACUUUUCACGACAGACCUGUGCUUCCUCCUCCCCUCAUCAUCUUCAGCCACAUAUACAUUGUGUUGAAGCGCCUGUGCUGCCGCUGCAGGAAGAAACAGGAAGGAGAGCUGGAUGAGAGAGACUGCGGACUAAAGUUGACUCUGAGUCUGGAGGAACUGAAGAGUCUGCAUGAGUUUGAGGAACAAUGUGUGGAGGAAUACUUCAGAGAGAAGGAGGACGAGGCACAGUCUUCCAAUGAUGAGCGAAUCCGAAUUACUUCCCAGAGAGUUGAGAAUAUGUCCAUGCGCCUAGAGGAGGUGAAUGAACGAGAGCACUCCAUGAAAGCCUCCCUGCAGACAGUAGACCUGCGCUUGGCUCAGCUAGAGGAGUUCUCUGGCCGCAUGAUGCACGCACUGGAACGGCUGGUUGGGAUCGACCGCUGCGAACUGGUCCGUGCUCGAUCCGGUAGCUCAAUGGCCGUGGACCAAUCCGGCCUGCUUCGUCGCGGUAGCAUCUACAGCACGGAUGGCUACAGUUUGUACCGCUGGCACCUGGAUGCUGAAGACCGUGGUGAGGAGAUGUCAGGGGACAAGAAGAGCCACGCAGAGAGACGCGGCAGUAUUGGCAGCAGUGACCUCCUUCUAAACCCACAUCAAGGUUCUUGCUACGGACCCACACUGGACGUGGUGCCCCUCCGGCAAAGGACACGCUCCAGCUCAAGUGUGGACAUCCUCAUCUCUCCUUGUGAGUCACAAGACAGAGUCCAGACCUCUCAAUCCCCAAAACUAACCUCCACUCAACACCCUAAAGAUCCACAAGCCCUGCUAGAAACGGGAAAAGACAUAGCAGUUUCACAUCCUCUGGAAAGAGCGCAAUCCCUGAGGCAAUACCCAACUGAAGCUCAAAGUAACUCACUUUCAUAUGAGAACAGAUCCCAAAGUGGUACUUUGUACGUCUCUAUGGCACAGUCGAGGUUGUGCAGUCAAGGGAAUACGUGGGCUUCAGAGCCCCACGGCCUACAGGAUCAAGCAAGCAGAUCGCCAACGUUAGGUCGCUGGCCUCCACGCUUCGAUGACAAAGUUCAUCCCUCUCCGUUUGGACUUUCACCCAAGACAUCUUUAGAGAAAUUAAGACAGAGAGAAGCCCAAGAUGAAGAAGGAUCUUCUAAGGAGAGCAAGUGGACAAAAACACAACAAGGAGGAAGUGAGGAGAAGAAGAAAGACGAGGAUCAAUCAGAGGCGGAUAGCGAAAGCACCAGAACAGAGGGAGGAGCAGAGAAAAGAGAGGAGCUGACUGACUCGGAUCACUUGUAUGUUGCAGAGGACAGGAUGUACCCCUCACUCAGAUCUAAGAGUCUGAACACUAACCCACGAAAGGCGAAGGCUGUAGGGAGCAUCCUGGCUAAACCUCGAGCAGCCAAUAGUGUGAAAGACCUGGCCGGGGCCUGUGAAGUCAACACCAAUGACUUUAGACCCUCCACAGAGAGGACAGGCACAUAGACAUAAGCACAAGAUCAUUGCAGUAGUGCUAGGUUAAAAAAAAGGUUGAUUUUCAUUGUUUUGCAGUAUGGAACACUCUUCUAACACUAGUUAUGCUUGUGCAUUUGACAUCAUACAUUUCUAUUUGAGGUAUGCAAUUUUAAUGCUAAAACACAGUAUGCAAAAAGGGAAAUCAGGGACUACCUCUGUGCUGUAGAUAUUUACUAUCCCAUUUUUUCAAAAUAAAGGGAAAUUACACUUUAGUUAUGCUGUUUAUUACUACACAUAUUUCCUAAUUUUAUAUAAAUUAUAUAUCAUUUCAUUAAGUAAACCUUCAUGAAGAAUAAAUCAGGCACUUGUAAAUAACUUAGAAAAGAUAUUUUAAUCUUUUUACGUAAUCAGUUAACUCUGACAUCACAGAGUACAGACAAGAAAAUCAAGGAAGACAUGUUAUAAAAUAGAACAUAAAAGAAUGCAUUGUAUGGUCAGUAAGACUUUAUGCUCAAAUGGGAGGCUGAGCGCUGUCACCGUUUCAUUGAAAAAUAUGCAAAUGUGCCUGCAUGCAUAUUCAAAACAUGACUACUGGGCCAUUAAAGGGAUAGUUCACUCGAAAAUUAUAAUUCUGUCAUCAUGUGCCCACCUUCAUGUUGUUUCAAACCUGUAUGACUUUCUACAGAACGCAAAUCAGUAUAUUUUAAAAAAACAAUUUAACCAAAUCAUUGACUUCCAAUUGUAUGGACAAAAAACACACACCUUUCUUGUUCCAAAAAUACUUUUUUGUGUGUUCCACAGAACAAAGAAAGCAGGGUUUGGACUGACAUGAGGGUGAGUUAAUGAAGUUUUAUUUCUGGGUGAACUAUCACUUUAAGUGGAAAUGGCACGCCGCAAGAGCACGAGCAGGGGCUCUUUCAAACAGAUGCACAAUGCCAAUAGAACUCAAGCAAUCAUUCGCCCUUAAACAUAAACAAUAGAGCAAUCAUUCAUUUUGAGUAAAUUAGGUGAAUUCUGAAGUAUCUAGGUUGAUUCUCAACAUUUCAGUUUGUGUUCUCACUUUGUAACAUGCCCACAUAGAAUCUGCAAAUGGAAAGAUCUGCAGAUUUAGACAGAAAUUGAACACCAAGGUAAUAAAAGUUUAGUACUCUCAGCUCUGGUUAAGCAUGUUUAAAUGUGAAACUCCAUGUCUUCUCCCCCCCCCACAGAAUCAGUUAUAAAAGUCUGCAAAUUCCACAUUGGCCUUGUUUUUUGAAGUGGCUGAUUUCACAGGCGGGACUUUAAGUGGUUUAUGAAGUGAGGAGGUCCUACAAGAGACCCACACACACAAAUAACAGUGCAUGACAUAAAAUAAAAAAUAAAAAAGAUACUGCUGCAGUUGUGCUGUAAACAAUUCACAAAUUCACACUCAUAAGAAUCUUAUAAAAGAGGGAAUUACAAAAGACAGCGUACAGAAUACUGAAUAAAACAUUUAAAUGAGUAAAAAAACAAAACAAAAAACAAGUAUUAACAAAUAAAUCAAUCCCACAUAAGCACAGGUUAACAUGCUUUAAUUGCUUCAUAUGAAGUGGUGAGUAAAGAUGCUUACGUUAAUAGAGUAUAAAAAUAUAAUACCAUUAGUAAAUGUAAUACUGUAUAUACAGGGCCUAGCUGGCUGCUGCUGCUUCAACAAGCAUUAGGAAACAGGUCCUAGCCCUCUCUCUUUAUUCUUUAUAUAUAUGAGAUUACAACCCCCCCCCCC